AUCCUGGCUCUCGUCGGGGAGGAGGUGGAGCUCCCGUGCCACCUAUGGCCACAGCUGGAUGCCCAGCACAUGGAGAUCCGCUGGUUCCGGAGCCACACCUCAGACGUGGUGCACCUGUACCAGGAGCAGCAGGAGCUCCCUGGCAGGCAGAUGGAGGCGUUCCGGAACAGGACCAAGUUGGUCAAGGACUACAUCGCCUAUGGCAGCGUGAUCCUGCAGCUUCACAGCGUCGUCCCCUCCGACGAGGGCACGUAUGGCUGCCGCUUCCUCUCCAACAACUUCUCUGGCGAAGCUCUCUGGGAACUGGAGGUAGCAGGGCUGGGCUCAGACCCUCACCUCUCCCUUGAGGGCUUCAAGGAAGGAGGCAUUCAGCUGAGGCUCAGAUCCAGUGGCUGGUAUCCCAAGCCUAAGGCUCAGUGGAGAGACCACCAGGGACAGUGCCUGCCUCCAGAGUUUGAAGCCAUCGUCUGGGAUGCCCAGGGCCUGUUCAGUCUGGAAACAUCUGUGGUUGUCCGAGAGGGAGCCUUCAGCAAUGUGUCCCUCUCCAUCCAGAAUCUCCUCUUGAACCAGAAGAAAGAGUUCGUGGUCCAGAUAGCAGACGUGUUUUCCCCCGGAGCCUCUCCGUGGAAGGGCGCUUUCGUCGGGGCCCUGGCGGCGCUGCUGGCGGUCCUCGCGGGGCUGGCGCUGGGCGUCCUCCAGCAGCGGCGGAGAUGCCAAGAAAAGCUGAAGAAGGAGGCCGAGAAGAGAGAAGGGAAACUCACUGCAGAGCUGGAGAAGCUUCAGAAAGAGCUUGACUGGAGACGGGCUGAAGGCCAGGCUGAGUGCUUCAUUUUAGCCAGCCACCUUCCUGGGGAAGGUAUCCAGGCUGCCUCUAACUCCACAACAACACUGAAUGCAUAGUCUCAAACGCGUUGCCUUAUGGCCCUGUGUGGAGAUCUCUCUGGGGUCUAUAACUAGGAGGGGGAUUGCUGGCCCAUGGUGGGUGUGUCCCAUGGGGUAAGGGGAUACUGGGAUGCCCUGAAGGCAGCAUCAUCAUCCUGCCACCAGCCAUGCAGGGACAUUCCAUGUGCCCACAUCUCACUUGAGCCAGCUUUCUAAGUUUGCCAGUCAAUGGGGAUAAGUGAUGGCUCAUGGUUCUUUAGGUUUGCACACCUGUGAAUGCUGAGAAGAUUGAGCAUCUCCGUAUAUGCUAGUUGGUUCGGGAGCUUCCUCUACUGAAAACUGCCAGUUUGUAUCAUUGACCCAUUUUGCUUUUGGGAUUGCUGUCUUUUAUUACUAACAGGAAUAUUAUAUGUCUGUGUGUGUGUGUGUGUGUGUGUGUGUGUGUGUGUGUGUGUGUGUGUAUGUGAGAGAGAGAGAGAGAUUAAUCCUUCGUGAGUAAACAUUGUGAAUUCCUUCUUCUGUUGUGCCAUCUGCCAUUAGCUGUGUCCAUAGUUCCCCUUAUUGAAAAGGAAUUAUUAAUUUUGAUAAAAUGUAAUCCAUCACCUUUUUACCUUAUGGUUUGUGUUUUUGAAGUUUUAUUGAAGAAAACCUUCCUCACACUGAGGUCACAAAGAUAUUCUCUUACACUUUCUUCUAUUUCUUUUUCUUUAUGUAACUACAAAAACCUUUCUACUAUCUUUAUAUUUGAUCUUUAAUCCAUCUAAAA